GCUGGGGCGCCCGGCGGGCCCACUAGCACGGGGACGGCCUCCGGGCGGCUGGUGUGAGGAAGACGCGCUGUCAGAAAACGUCAGGUGCAGAACUGGAGUAUGACUGCCGUUGUCCUGCCCAGCUCAUUUGGAAAUGACCUUGCAGUCUCUGCUCUAGGCUGGACAGUGGAUGUGUGAGUCUGUCAGGCAUAAAGGCCUCGUGCCCUCCCCAAGGCACCAUGAACGCCAUCGUCGCUCUCUGUCACUUCUGUGAGCUCCACGGCCCCCGCACUCUCUUUUGCACAGAGGUUCUGCAUGCACCGCUUCCACAGGGAGCUGGGAAUGAGGACAGCCCCAGCCAGGGUGAACAAGCUGAGGAAGAGGAAGGUGGCAUUCAGAUGAGCAGCCGAAUCCGAGCUCACAGCCCAGCAGAAGGUGCCAGCGCAGAGUCGAGUAGCCCAGGGCCCAAGAAGUCAGACAUGUGUGAGGGCUGCCGGUCACUUGCUGCAGGGCAUCCUGGGUAUAUCAGCCACGAUAAGGAGACCUCAAUUAAAUACGUUAGUCACCAGCACCCCAACCACCCCCAGCUCUUCAGCAUUGUCCGCCAGGCCUGUGUCAGGAGCCUGAGCUGUGAGGUCUGCCCUGGCCGCGAAGGCCCCAUCUUCUUUGGGGAUGAGCAGCAUGGCUUUGUGUUCAGUCACACCUUCUUCAUCAAAGACAGCCUGGCCAGGGGCUUCCAGCGCUGGUACAGCAUCAUCGCCAUCAUGAUGGACCGAAUUUACCUCAUCAACUCCUGGCCUUUCUUGUUGGGGAAGAUCCGAGGAAUCAUCGAUGAGCUCCAGGGCAAGGCUCUCAAGGUGUUUGAAGCAGAACAGUUCGGAUGCCCACAGCGUGCCCAGAGGAUGAACACGGCUUUCACACCAUUCCUGCAUCAAAGGAAUGGUAAUGCUGCCCGUUCGCUGACGUCCUUGACAAGUGAUGACAAUUUGUGGGCAUGUCUUCAUACUUCCUUUGCUUGGCUCCUGAAGGCAUGUGGCAGCCGAUUGACAGAGAAGCUUCUGGAGGGUGCACCCACAGAGGACACCCUGGUCCAGAUGGAAAAGCUUGCAGACUUAGAAGAAGAAUCCGAAAGCUGGGACAACUCGGAGGCUGAGGAGGAGGACAAAGCCCCUGCCUUGCCAGAUGGUGCAGAAGGGCGGGAGCUGACCAAAUGCUCAGCAGAUGCUUCCUUGCUCUCAGACUGUGGAAACUGGCAGACCCGAAAGCUGUCAGUCUUCAAGUCCCUUCGGCACAUGAGGCAGGUCCUGGGUGCCCCAUCUUUUCGCAUGUUGGCCUGGCAUGUUCUCAUGGGGAACCAGGUCAUCUGGAAAAGUAGAGAUGCAGACCUGGUCCAAUCAGCUUUUGAAGUACUUCGGACCAUGCUGCCUGUGGGCUGUGUUCGCAUCAUCCCAUACAGCAGCCAGUACGAAGAGGCCUACCGGUGUAACUUCCUGGGGCUCAGCCCUCAGGUGCAGAUCCCUUCCCACGUGCUGUCUUCAGAAUUUGCUGUCGUGGUGGAGGUGCACGCAGCCACCCGCUCCAGCCUGCACCCCGCCGGGUGUGAGGAUGACCAGUCUCUCAGCAAGUACGAGUUUGUGGUGACCAGUGGCAGUCCGGUAGCCGCAGACCGAGUGGGACCCACCAUCCUGAAUAAAAUGGAAGCUGCUUUGACCAAUCAGAAUCUGUCCGUGGAUGUGGUGGACCAGUGCCUCGUCUGCCUCAAGGAGGAGUGGAUGAACAAAGUGAAAGUCCUUUUUAAGUUCACCAAGGUGGACAGUCGACCCAAAGAAGACACACAGAAGCUUCUGAGUAUCCUUGGUGCCUCCGAAGAGGACAAUGUCAAGCUGCUCAAGUUCUGGAUGACCGGCCUGAGCAAAACUUACAAGUCACACCUCAUGUCUACUGUCCGCAGCCCCACGACUUCAGAGCCUCGAAACUGACCCCACCGUGGGGGCGUGUCCUACGCGUACCUCCUGGGAGUGCUGACGGCUAUCCUUGCCACCCAGCUCGGAGACAAGCCUUCUAGGCAGUCACGGAUGAUCCUCCCAUUUCUGAACUGCUGGCACUGAGCUAUUUCCCAGCAAGUAACAGAAACCUGGGGUUGAACUUUGCCUUCCUGUGGGCAAACAGCUCAGCAGGCUGUUUGAAUUUCUCCAUCUCUGCAGCGUUCAGCAGCCCCCUUGCACCCCCGUGGAGAGGCUGACAGGAAAACGUGCAUCUCCUGCCUCAAGGACGUAGAACUCAGCAUUUUUAGGGAAGACAGGCCAGCCCCGGCUAUAACAGCAUACCCUCUUUGGGGUUAGAGUUGGAAUCUCUGUGUUUUGAACUUCAACAAGAGUUCUAGGAUAUGUGUAUAUGUUUGUAUAGUUUUGCUGCAGUUUUGAAUUUUCAGUUCAUGUACCAAUCCGUAGACAUUUUUUAGUAAUCCUUUUAGGGCUGUAGGAAAGGCUUUUAGGGAGGAGUGGAUUUACUCCUCACUUCUGGAUCCUCUGGAAUUCAUGUUCUAAAGUCAUGUUACUACCAAGACUAAAUGCGUCCCUGUUUGGCAGUGAAACUGCCCUGUACAGAACAAGUCCCUGCUCUUUUUGAUAAGAUGAUGAUGCAGUGCCGAAGUGUCAGAUCCGUCAUCUGAUUUGCCUGGCUCAGUGUAUGGAGUUGAGAAACCCACCAUAGUUUUACAUCACUUUGUUCCCUACUGCUUCGUAAAACUUUCCAUUUGGCUGCAGUAGCAUUUUUCAGAGUAUGCUGCUAAAAGACAGCUUCAUCAUCCCAGUGUACAUUUUUCAUAAGGACUCAUGCUUUAGAGGAAUUUUCCAGCAGUUUUGCUGAUUUGUUUAUAUUUUGUUUGUUUAUAUUUAACAUGAAGACCAAGUUUAUAUGACUAGGUUUCUGUAUCUUGUAAGAACACUGAAACACAAUAAAGAUGUAUUUUUGUAUACUGUUAACUAGGGGAUUUUAUUGGUUUGAUAAUAAAAUUUAUAAACAAUCAGUUACAGAAAAUACUCUGCUUAAAAAUAAUACCAGUGAUGGGGCCCUCCCUGGUGGCACAGCGGGUUAAAGCACAGCACUAAGAAG